AUGGAUGCAAUCGUUCAUCAUGGCCAACGCAUUGGCUGGCAUAUUGUCGUUUUAUUGUGGUUGUUUUCGAAGUCAACAAUUGCAAGAGAAUGUAGAUUGGAUGAUUUUAUCUAUGAAUACACGAACUGCGAUGAACGUGGAGAACGUUGGCGUGUUGCCGUGCCCAAGAAUGAAAACUUGAGAUGUGAAGCAUUCUCGUGCCAGUCAGGGAUGUUUCUUGAUAUCGACACGCAGCAGUGUGUGCACUGUGCUAAAGGUAGCUACAGUCUCGGUGGCGGUACUCGUUUUGAUGAAUUCACACGAUUACCGACAGGUUUCGUGGUUGAGAACAUUGAUGUAAGCAUUGAUCGAUUGCUUAACAAUCAGCGGACUGCUGAAUGCCCUCUCGAGAGUGGAUGGAUCGUGAAAAAUUCUGAAUUGAUGUACGUUCCGACACCAUGCCUCUCGAAACUCACAUACAGUGUAACGUUAGUUCGACCUGGUUAUGUGGAAUACACUUAUCGAAUGCCGAAGAACAGUCGCGGACUAGUGUUCAACGUUGUCGUCAAAAAUCAACAAUGUCAAAGUUACAGAGAUCAACUCAAACAACUUACGUCGGGUGGUUUGAAAGAGAAACAAUCAGCGCAUCGGACGGAAGAAGAAGUCGAAUGGCAGCGAAGGCGUAUCGAGCUUCGUACCGGACCGAAUGUGAUAACAUGGAGUGUUGCAAAUAAUCGUGAUACUGCUUCAACGGCUGAUGUGAUAACAUUAUCGAAGAUUGAUAUUGUUGGGAUUCCAUUUGCGAGACAAUGCACACUAUGCCCUGCUGGUACGUACAGUGGAAAAGGGGCGAAAAGCUGUACGCCAUGUCCAGCUGGAUAUUUCAGCACGAAAGGAUCAUCGCAAUGUGGCAGAUGCCCAAUUUCACAAUUUUCAGGUCCCAGAGCAGCCCGAUGUUUAGAUCGGCCGAAAUGUACUGAGAAUGAUUAUUAUCCCACAAUCGAGCCUUGCGUUAAUGGCAAAACAAAAACAGUUUACAAGAAAGUGCAGCCAAAUGUCUGUCGAGAUGACAUUCCAGGAGUCAUGUUCAUUCAAAUUCUAGAGUGUAAACGCUGUCCAGUGGAUACAAUUCCUAAUUACGGUUUUCAAUAUGUGCUUUGGAACACGUUACCACCGAACAUGGCGACCAAAUGUGAAUAUCUCACCGAAGAUUCAACAACUUUAUGCAAUAUCGGAGAGUCAUGGCUACCGGCCGGCAGCAUGAUUCAUAGUUCACCUACUCAUGAGCGUGGUAUUGCGCUCGAAUUACUACUAUAUGUUCAUAAAGGCUUCUCGAACCCGCUUCUUCCCAAAGGUUUCAAGCCAUCUGCACAAAAUCCAGUCGCACACAUCACAUUCGAAUUUGAAACGUCAUGCGCUGAUUCUAGCUGUGUUCUUUAUUUUGUCGAGGACUCUUCGUCGCAGUCUUUUUAUAAACUUAUUGCUGAUUUCAACGGCACUCAGUCACGACGUUCGUAUGCACACGCACUUAUAUCGCCUCAACCAGUCAAAUUUCUUUUUGCUUUUAUGAGAUCAAGAAGCUCAUCACAAGAUGAUGUUAUCACAGAUCGAGCUGUUAUUUACACCAUCAAUGUGACAAAUGUUGGUGAACACGAUGGAGGCGCUUCCGCGUGUCUUCCGUGUCCUACAUCCAAUGGAAAAUGUGUAGCAUGUCCACCGGGAAGAUAUAUUUCAGAAACUGGUAGGAAUUGUCGUAGAUGUCCUCGAGGUACCAUGCUGAAUACGUCAAGUGAUCGUGUCGGAGAGAAAAGUUGUGUGCGAUGUGGUCCAAAUUUGGAUUCACUCGAUGGUGUCAGAUGUUCAUCAAAUGGAGUCGUCACUAUUCAAACCGCAGACAAUCGAACCAGUACAUUCGAUUUUACAACAUUCCUUAAUAAAACGCUUAUUGCGACCGGCGUGAAGGUAUUUGCUAGAGAGGGAACUUCAUAUUUUCAUUCGUUCAAUAUUUCCAUAUUAACUGAAGGCGCAGCAACCUGUACUGAAACCUACGAUGUUUCCGAUUUUGGACAAGCGGCUGCACUUGUUGCUGAGUCUCGUGAAACCGUCGAAGCAUUUGUGUGUCGAUCGACCGCACUUCCAAUACACGCCUCUAUCAAUUCAUCCGAGAAAAUUAUUUAUGUCUCUCCGUUACUGUUAGGGAACAAGUUACUAGCCAUAACCAUGGAGAAAGAGUUCGAUGGCGUGAAGUUGGGUGAGAAAGAGCUCGAUUAUGGUGGGAAUGAUGAAGCCACUCGGCUUCCAGAUGUCCACUUCUUUUAUGGUUCAACAUCAGCUGCAUCCUCGGAGUUAUGUCCGACUGGUUUUCAUGCCAUUGUAACAGCAAGAUGUGAUCCUACAAGAACCAACUUACCUGAAGCUCGUCUUCCAAGCAGCUGCCCGGAUGGUACAUGCGAUGGAUGCUUGUAUCAUGUGAUAGUUCUCACAUCGCAAGCAUGUCCCAUUUGUACUCCGCAUGAUUACACUGUUAUACGUGGGGAAUGUGUUGAUGGAAAGCUCACAGUUCACAGCAUUCCGUCCAGACACUGCGUUCUAUCGGGUGCAGAGAGUAGGGAACGCACCGAACCGUGCACUUCACUAACAGUGCACAUGCAGAUGCUCAUUUUAGCUACAAUCACUCUGGCAAUAACGUUAUGCAUAAUCGUUAUUCUUGUGUGCCAGAAGAAUAAACGCCUGGAAUAUAAAUACAUGAGGUUAGUGGAAUCGAAGGGAACUUCCAAUGGUCUCGAACUUCCUGGCGCUGAAUCAUGUGGUAUUGAAGACGGCGACGAUGACGAAGAGGUUCAUGAUCGUGUAUUCUUUGCAAAAGGUAAAAAGCGUCUCUUUGGUGGAAUUAGUAAAAAUCGUCGUGAAGGUGAAGAACAUAAUGAAACUGAACGACGAGCGUUCGUUUCACUGGAAGAAACUGAAUGA